AAGUGGCACAUGCGCACAAGUGAGUAAUUUGUUGAUAUCCUGUUGGCUAGUAUUUUCGUCUUUGCUGUUUUCAACAGUUUAAGGCUACUUUUUUUAAAAAUUCCAAAGCACUGCUAACGUCAACGUUAUCUAUAUGAAGGGCUAAUGGAAGACACACGGGAUCUGGCUGAGCGCACCCCACGUUCAGAACGUAAGCGGAGGGAUUCGUUUGGAAUGUUCGAUGGCUACGACAGCUGCAGCGAGGAGUCUACCAGCAGCUCCAGCUCCGAGGAGAGCGAGGAUGAGGUGGUGCCGUCCAUCCCCGCUAGUCUUCCCAUCAUCAAGAACAAUGGCCAGGUCUACACGUACCCCGAUGGAAAGGCCGGAAUGGCCACCUGCGAGAUGUGUGGAAUGAUUGGCGUUCGGGAUGCUUUUUAUUCCAAAACCAAGCGUUUCUGCAGCGUUUCCUGUUCCCGGAGCUAUUCUUCAAAUUCCAAAAAAGCAAGCAUAUUGGCAAGACUCCAGGGCAAACCACCAACAAAAAAGGCUAAAGUCUUACAGAAACAACCUCUUAUGGCAAAGUUGGCGGCUUAUGCUCAGUACCAAGCGAGUCAACAGAACCAGACCAAAUCAAAAGCUGUGGUUACUGCUGAAAGCUUUGACUGGGGUCAGUAUAUUUGUGGCAAUAACACAUCCGGCGCUCCAGUCAGCUGUUUCAAGCAUGCCCCCAUGGGGACAUGCUGGGGAGGUAUAGAAGAGGGUGUGAGGAUUGAAGUGCUCAACUCUGACACCAACCACUCCACCAAGGUGUACUGGAUAGCAGAAAUCAUUAAGCUUGCAGGGUUCAAGGCUCUCCUGCGUUAUGAGGGUUUUGACAUGGACAGCAGUAAGGACUUCUGGUGUAAUCUCUGCAUUCCCGAGGUUCAUCCAGUGGGCUGGUGCGCUUCUAGUGGAAAACCUCUUGUACCUCCAAAAAGCAUACAGCACAAGUAUUCAAACUGGAAAGCCUUUCUCGUGAAGCGUCUUACUGGAGCUAAAACACUGCCACCCGACUUUAAUGCCAAGGUUCAUGAGAACACACAGUUCCCCUUUAAGAAGCUGAUGCGGGUGGAGGUUGUGGAUAAAAACUAUCUCUGUCGGACACGGGUGGCGCUGGUGGAGCAAGUUAUCGGAGGUCGACUCAGGCUAGUCUAUGAAGAGAGCCAGGAUGGCUCGGACGACUUCUGGUGCCACAUGUACAGCCCGCUCAUUCAUAACAUUGGAUGGUCACGCAGCAUCGGACACCGCUUUAAAAGAUCUGACGUAACGAAGAAGAUCGACGGUCAAGUUGAUGCUCCGCCACAGCUCUUCCAAAGGGUUAGAGACGUGGACCAAAGUGGGGAUUGGUUCAAAGAUGGCAUGAAGUUGGAAGCUAUUGAUCCCCUCAACCUCUCAGCUAUAUGUGUAGCCACUGUAAGAAAGGUGUUGGCAGACGGGUAUCUCAUGAUUGGAAUUGAUGGUUCUGAGGCGGUGGACGGAUCAGACUGGUUCUGCUACCAUGGCACCUCCCCCUCCAUCUUCCCUGUUGGCUUCUGUGAAAUCAACAACAUUGACGUGACACCCCCUCGAGGGUACACAAAGCUGCCAUUUAAAUGGUUCGACUACCUCAGAGAAACUGGUUCAGUAGCUGCUCCUGUUAAGCUAUUUAACAAGGAAGUUCCUAAUCAUGGAUUCCGACAAGGCAUGAAGCUAGAGGCCGUUGACCUGAUGGAGCCACGACUGGUGUGUGUUGCUACGGUGACGAGAAUUGUACACCGUCUACUACGGAUCCACUUUGACGGCUGGGAGGACGAGUACGACCAGUGGGUCGACUGCGAGUCGCCAGACCUUUACCCUGUGGGCUGGUGUCAGCUGACGGGCUAUCAGCUCCAGCCCCCUGCCUCCCAGAGUAACAGAGAAAUGUCCCAGUCGCUACCCAAGCAGAAGAAGAAGUCCCAACAGUAUAAAGGCCAAAAGAAAAAAAGGAAGAUUCCGGUUGGUCGACGGCCCUUCAGUCAGGGAGGCAGGAGGAGGAGCUUCUCAGGGGAUGAAGAGCAGAGUCCAUCCCCUUAUGUCGAGGGGCCAACUCAGUCCCAACUCCGAACCCACGCCCACCAAACCCACAAUUCAGACUCCCUCCUGCGAAUGAAGGAGGAAGCAAUGGAGGCGGAUGAGUUCAACUUUUCACAGGGCACCUCUGACCAGGAGAGCAACGGCUCGGGGACCUACUACAUCAAACAGGAGCCCUGAAGUCUAAAGGUCAGAGCGGGACAAACGGUUCUCUUUCCAGGCUGAAAUGACACUCAGAAGCGCAAAAUUUUCCAGCGGAAGAACUUAAGAUAUUCUCUGAAGCCGUUUCCAAGAAAAGCACCCACGGCUUUGGUCACAAAUGUUUGACCUUUUUUUCUCCUUUUUCUAACAUCAAGGGUCUGAGCAUUAAAAAGCAAUGGUAAAACACAUUUGCCAUGCUGCGGGUACGUGGAGCUCCUUUGUGCUCCACGCCUCACCCUAGACCUGUAUAAACUGUGAUAACUGUGUGGGUGAGCUGGGUCUUUUGUGUUUAUUUCUUUUCGGGUAGGUUAGCCACUGAACACACGCAUUCAUUGUAAUCAUUUGUCUGAUAAUAGAAGCUGGCACAAAUAGGAACAAGUCUAUUAUAUAUUUACUUUUUAUUCUGAAAUUCACAGAGGACAUAUUUGAAAUAGUACUUGAAUUAUUUGAGUUGAUUUUUGGGUUAGGGUUUUGUCUUAAUGUAGGUUUUUACACUUGCUUUUGGUGGCUGUGUGGUGAAAACGUUGUACAUGAAAGUGGUUCUAUUUAUAUAGGAUGUGAAUAACUAUUCAACUACAAGUGCAGGGCGUAGGCGGGUAGGAUUUUGGCGAUGAUGUAGUCGUUGAACGCUGCGUAGAAUUCAUCGGAAUGUUCCUUCCGGCAGACAUAUAUGUUUUCCAGAGCAACAUUUAUUUUUUUUCAUUCAGCCAUGAAGUACAAGUCAUGUGCCGGUGAAAAUACGUCACCUGACGCUCCUGGUAUGGAUGUACACACGGGAACCCCGGUUAUUGUUCUUGUGUGGCAUACAUGCUGUCACCUCUUCAUUGUGAAGCAUGGUGUGUUCAGGUCUUUAUGGACCAUGUGAGUCUGCCUUCUAUGGAGGACUGGGUUGUACAGUAAACCUCGGAUAUAUCGGAUUCAAUUGUUCCCACUGGUUUUGUCCGAUAUAAGCGAAAUCCGUUAUAUGCGUAUACCGGAAAAUGUCAGUUUUAUGCAUAUAUCGGAUUUAUAUCCGGUAUAUGCGUAAAUCGGAUUUUAUCCGUUAUAAAAAGGCACUUCCUUGACUAUGUUCCCAAUGUACCUGGACUUUAUUGGAUUCUGAGCAUAACAAAUUGUUAAUUAAGCUAGGCCCUGUUACGCCCGUCAGGCCUACGUUAUUUCCAAUAGUGAGGUUAAGAUCUCAUUCACUGCUGUGCUAGUAUUAUUGACGUCACUCACUUUUAUAUUUGUCCUAAAUCUGGAGCCAGGAGAAAGACAAUAGCCAGUGACAUCAACAAGAUUAGCAUAACGAUGCGGCCAUCCGAUAUAUGCGAGGGAAAUUUAAUGGAAAUGCAUUGGAACGGGACUGGAGAUUUUGUCCAAAAUAGGCGAAAUCCGUUAUAAAAAAUCCGAUAUAUGCAAUGAAUUUUUAUUGGAAAUGCAUUACAGAAAAAUCGUUUUUUUUUUUAUCUGUCCGUUGUGAGCGAAUUUCCGAUAUAUCCGAGUCCGAUAUAUCCGAGGUUUACUGUAGUAUGUAGAUCCGCGAUGGACCCGUAGUUUUUCCAGUCUAAUUGAUCUUUUCAAGACGAGUUGGGACUCUCGAUUGGUUCCUGCUCUUGUUCUUGACAUCACGGUUGGGGAACGUUGGUUGGUCGAUCUGAGGGUGCCGUCCUCCCUCUCAAAUACUCUUAUCAUCCGAUUCACAUGAUCUGUAGAGAUAUUUUAUAUACACUCCUGAAGAAUUUGACAUUUUGUAUUGUUGGCUCUUAGGCGUUUCCGAGUAGAACGCCAAAAGAAAAAAUGUUAGUGAGACAAAGAACGUAAACAAACAAGUGAAAUUGGCUGUUCAUUAACUAACGAUGGGCACAAUCCCACCAAAAAAACACUUGAUUACAAGGAACCACUCUAGAGUUUCUCCAAAAUCUUGAUAAGAAGCAACAUCAUCAUGAUCAUCAUCAUCAAAAAAUCGAACAUACAGAUGUCAGAUAGAAGAUCAGAGCAUUCAGAGCAUUUUAUUAUUUGGAAGAUUAUUUGCGCUGCAAGAAAGACAUUCUGCCAUAAAGAAACCUGGUCGUGGUUGCUAACUUAACCGGACUUUCUGACAUCAGUCACUCCUAAACCUUUUGAAGGUUGCAACGGUGGUCCUCGCAGAUGUCAGUACUAUUGAAUUAGGUGACGGUUUGAGCUCCAGUUGGAAAGCUCCUGGAGGAUCUGGCAUAGCAAACCUUCAGGAGGUACUUGGUCAAACCAAGUUGAAAUAAUUUGUUUUUAUUAGAUUUCAGGAAAUGUUGACCUCAGCUGCAUCUUGAGCAUUGAAAUUAGGCCACUGUUAAUGUUGGGGAAACUUUUGAAACACUUCUCCAUCAGGGUCCGUCAUGGUGCAUCAUGUUUUUAACCGGCUCAGAUUUUUUGGACCAAACAGCCUUUUUGACUCAAGCCUGGCAUUGACAGGACUUGGGGACUGCGUCUACGUACGGAAUCAAGCUAGAACCCACCCAAGCAGCUUUUUGUCAAUAACGACUUUUUAUCAUGGUGUGUGUCUGCGCAUUUGUUGUUUGUGUGUGUGUGUAAACUUCUCUAAAAGCAAUAUAGAAAUGUAUACAAAUUGGUGUGUCUGCAUACGUUUAGAUGCUCACUGACAAAGUCCUUUAUGAAUCACCUCAGACGUAUAACCACAUAAGGAGUACUGUGCAAAAGUCUCAUUUAUGCUUUUCAUUAAAAAAAACUGUUUCAUAAUUUCAAUGCAAAAAUCAAAUAAAAAAUAGUAUUAUGAAAUAUAUUACAUAUCAUACAAAAAUAUAUUUAAAAAAAAUCAUCCAUGACUAAAUUCUACACAGUACAACCUCGGUGUCAAAAGGUCAGACAAAACCAAAUAACUUUCUCAUAAGAAAUGUAAAUCCAAUGAAUCCGUCUCAGACACCCACAAAUCCUGACAUGACAAGUUUUAUAGCGUAAUACAAAAGAAUAUAGAGAGUUUUACAAAGCCAAGAUUGGAGCUUCAAAAAUGAUCUUUUGCACAGCACUGUACAGUAUGUCAGAGACGCGAGUACAACUCUGACAUUUCUGCUAUAUAUUAUCUUUUCAUGGAACAAGCAAGUAAAGUAGUCAGUGUACAGCUUUGGCUAGCGUUCCAUUUGCGCUGGCAACACGAGUGGCCGUGAUGUACAAACGGAGCCCAUAUUUUUCCGUGUGACUCGAUGUUAAAUUCGGUGUGGUCACGCUCUCAUACUGGUCAGUGGAAUUCCAACAUGGCACCUUGUGGCGAAGAACUCGCUGAGUGAGGAUCUGUAAGGAAUUGUUGCAGAGUCAAAGAAGAUUGGGACCGGCCUUGCCACAUCCACUCCACCAAAGAACUGUUCGGAAAACAGACGUACGAGUUCUGUUAGCAGGAAACCUAUAAAGAUGAUGUCUGCUGAAGACCGUCGGACCGUCGGAUGUGCUGGCAACCGUCGGACCGUCGGAUGUGCUGGCAACCGUCGGACCGUCGGAUGUGCUGGCAACCGUCGGACCGUCGGAUG